UAAAAACCAAUCUUUCUGGAUGAACUCUUCCUCACAUAACUUACACGGUAAGCUUUCCCUUCUGACCUCCAGACUCGGCGUACAGUAACCCUCUGCUGGUCUCCAACCUAGACAUUUCAGAAUUUGGUGGGCCCUCAGUGGAGGUCAGGUCACAGUCAGGUGAGACUACUACUAAUGAGAAGGACGGUGAAGGGAAUUUGAAACAGGCGUUUAGGUCGAAGAAGGAUUUUUUGAUCGGAGCUUUUUGGCUGGCGACGCUUGUGAUUAGUUGAGCGACUGUAGGGCCGAUUGUGUUGAUGGUGCCUGCGAAAAGUGUUUAUGUGUCUAUUUCAUGGAGGUCGCAAAGCUCUUGUCUUUUCAUGACUAUAUGGGUUGCCAUAAGCUAUAUCAAGUACAGCAGACAAAGAGUACCUCAUAGUUACGAAGCCUCUGAAAACAGAAGACUCAGCACAUGGGAAAAAAUGAAAAAAGAUUCAUCUCUUCAAAAUUUGGCUAGCUUCUCGUUCAUGUCUUUCUUCAUGUUCAUGUGGGUGUUUGGUCUGAUCCUUGGAUGCAAGCUCACUCUUACUGCUCAUGCAGAUGUGCUCUAUUGCAGCAACGGAGUGUUCAUCUUGCUGAUUGCAAUUCUGACUUGCCAAUAUGUUCACAAGUAUGAAAUAGUUGGUUAUAUAAUUUAUGGAGUUGGCGUAAUAGUAAUGCUAACUGAUCCUUUGGCAAAUAAAACAGAUGAAGGCAUGAACAAACCACUCGGAAAUUUCCUUGCUCUCACUGGAGCACUUGGAGGAGCCUUAUACGGAAUUGUUUGAAAUAAGAUGAAGCGAGAUAGUCCUCAGGAGGUAUACAUGUUCUAUUUGUUCCUAGGCCAUUUUAUUAUCCAACUAAUAUUCUUUUCUUAUGUUGAAGACAAUCCUCUCUUCUUCAGUUUUGACCCAGAGUACGGAAUGUUUGGUUGGCUUUCAGACCCAUGGUCGUUUGCUCUUAUGAUUGGAUUUGUAAGUCCAUGGACUAGUAUUCUAACAAAUUAUUCAUUGCUCCAAUCAUACAAGUAUUGGCCUCUCGAUAUUGUGGCUGUAUUUUUCCUGACGGAACCUUAUUUUGCCGAGAUCACAGCAAUAUUACUAGGCCAGGAUGAAAUUCCAGGGUGCCAAACCUUUAUUGGCAUAGUCGUACUAAGUCUUGGAAUCAUUCUUUCCAUUCACGGAUCAAAAGUGAAAGCUACUCAAGCCAUUAAUGCUAAAAAUAGGAGACGUGAAGAAGCUCUUAUCGAACUCCCUGAGAAUUCACAUGUAGUCUAAUACAUUCCACUAGAAUAUGAUAAUCAAAAUUUGUCCUAA